AUGACGGAGUCGCGGGAGGGUGCUAACGGGAUGAUGGAAGCGCGGGACGUAGUGGGCGUUGAAACGGGCAUCGGCGCAGCUGUCAUCGCGCGCGAAUACCUUGCAACGGGCAUGGGUGCUGGCAAACCAUCAUUGCGCGAAUCCCUUCCGGCGGGCAUGGGCGCUGGCACACCAUCAUUGCGCGCAAUCCUUCCACCGGGCAUCGGCGCGGCCGUCAUUCCGCGCGAAUCCCUGGCGACGGGCAUCGACGUGAUUCUGGGGCGUGAGAACCCGCCGAAUGGUCCGCCGCUUCUGCGGUGCUACGCGCGGCGUCUUCCGCCUUGUCUGGCGCAGCGGAAUGCUGCGGGGGUUGGGGAUGGGGUGAAGGAGUUUGCUACAUGGUCAAAGUUGAAUCAUCACGUGGCCACCCACACAAAGCCGUUUGUGUGUCAGCAUUGCCAAAAGGGAUUCGCACGCAAAGACAGCUUACAGGCGUUCACAACCCCGAUGCUCCCAAGGUAA